AUGGAGCAGCACCACAUUAAGACCGAACCAUACAUCAAGUCUGAGACCCGAGACGAACUCCACAGUGUGAAUCCCUACAUCAAGUCUGAGACCGAAAACGAAAUCCACAGUGUGAAUGCAUAUAUCAAAUCCGAGCACCCAGACACCGGCAGCGCAUACAUGAAAUCCGAAGAUGGCAAAGUCAAACUCGAAGAAUUCUAUGCAUCACAGCCUCUAGAUCAACCUCCAGCUAUCUCCAAAGGCAGAAAGCAACGCAAUAAGUCGAACAAUGAUAGAGCGGCGACCAAGAAGGAAGCUAGGCGUCGACGAAUGCAACGGCGCAUGGCUGCAAGCAUCGUGAAGAGCGGAAUAGGCAAGGGCAAGAGAACGAAUAUAAAAAGCAAAGCUCCGGAGACAAUGGAGGCGUAUAAGAGGCUUGGACAAGAUCCUGACGACGCUGAGGCCUUGGAGACCUUCCUGAAGUAUAACCCAUGGUUUGUUGAACAAAGACGAACCGUCUACCAGCCCGGUGUAGGCAUGGUCAGGCCUGGAUGGAAGCCAUAG